AGAAACAAAGAAACCAGUUAAAAAAGAGGAGAGAGUUUUUUUUUUUUAUAAUGGAAGAGGCGACCAAGUUGUGGUAAAAGAAUAAAAGACCCGUUUAUUGCGCCAAAACCAGAGGAGGUGCCUCUCUCUCUCUUUCUUCCUUCACCUUGAUCUCGCCGUCUGAGAUUUCCCUUACAGGCGUUUGUUAGUUCCCUGCUCCGAUUUAUUCUUGUCUGUUUAGGACACGAAUUCUUUCUAGUUUGUGUGUUUUCUGCAGACGUAUUUUGAAAAUACAGCAAUGGAUCCUCCUGUGACGGAUCUUGAGAGCAUCGAGGAUCAGAAAGAAGGAGGACCUUCCUUUCACUGUGAUCUUUACGAUACAGAAGUGGUUCACAAGAUUGCUCAGGUCUUUCUCCCUGGAUUAGCCACUGCUUGUGUCGAUAACACUACCGGAGAUAUCUUCAGGAGUCCAGGUUCUGUGGCUGCUGACAUUCGAAAAGAGAUGAUUGAUUAUAUGAAUCGCAGAAGCGAAAGCUUCGUGGCUGAACACAUUGUUCUUCAAGGUGGUUCGGAGAUCGAAGCUUCUCAUGAUCCUUUUGACAUCAUUUCUGAUUUCAUCGAUGAUUUCGCCACUUCUAAGCGCAAUCUUUUCAGCCGGGUUUCGGGUUGGAUGCUUAGCGAGAGGAGAGAAGAUAAUAUUGAUGAUUUCGCGCAAGAGAUGGAGAUAAGCGGGUUCUGGUUGACCGAUCAUAGAGAAGAGAUCGCUCAGACUUUGCUUAGAAACGUCGAUUUUAAAAGCAGCUCUCAUUGUGAGAUGAAAUUCCAAAGCCAAGGAGAACUCGCCGAGCACGCCAUGAGUUGUGGGUAUAGAACAAUGAACUGUGAGAAUGAGGGUUGUACUGCGGUCUUCUGCGCAAAUCAGAUGGAGAAUCACGAUUCUGUUUGCCCGUUCAAGAUCAUUCCGUGUGAGCAAAACUGCUCAGAAAGUAUAAUGAGACGCGAAAUGGAUCGGCAUUGUAUAACCGUAUGUCCUAUGAAACUUGUCAACUGUCCAUUUCAUGCUGUUGGUUGUCUCUCUGAUGUACAUCAGUGUGAGCUCCAACAACAUCAUUUGGAUAAUGUAAGCUCUCAUUUGAUGUACAUUCUCCGGAGUAUCUACAAAGAAGCCUCUCCGGAUGAUCUUAAACCCCGAGCUGAACAGAUACAGCAGUUGUCGACUCAGUUAUCUGAAGCCCGGAAUGCUAGAUCACUAACGAAUCUGGUCAAGGAAAUUGAUGCAAAGCUGGGGCCUUUAGAAAUCAAACCAAAGAAUUUUACUAACUCUGAGUCUGAUAAACCUGAAAAUACAAUAACGAAAGCUUUAGAAGAAGCUGAGAUCAAAGAAAAACCGGAGACGAACUUAAAAGACGAGUCUUUGGAGCAAACCGCAAGGGAAGAUGCAAUGGUGGAUGAAGCUGUAAAGAAAGUUUCAGAAGCUGAGAUAGCAGACAAUGUUAAUGAAGAAGGCGAAUUAAAAGCUCAAAAGCUUUUAGAAAUAGGCGAGUUCAUCAAAGAAGGAGACAACAACUCUGUAGAUGAUUUGUUAGAGAGAACUGAAACCAAAGCUCCAGAAGUUGUGGUCAUGGAUGAAGAUAGAGAGGAUGAGGAGAGUGCAGAAAAAAAUGAUUCGAGGACAAAUGAAUCAAGCAAAGGAUUUGAGGUUGAAGUCAAUGCCAUGAAUGAUGAAGAGAAUAGCGAGACAAAGAAAUCAACUGAAACUGAUACAGAAGCUCCAUCGAGAAUAGUCAUGGACAAGGAGGAGGAUGAAGAGACAAUGAAAUCAAAAGCUCGUGCUUCUGAUGAAGCUGAAGCUCUGUCAAAGAGCUCUCAAGGUUUUUCGACAGCACAGGCUGAAACUGUACCCAAUAUGUCUUAACAUCUUUUGUUGAGACAGACCCAACUCUUGAAAGCUAACAUGGAGUGUUUGUUUUCUGUUCUUUUAACCGAGAUUGUUUGUUUUGCCUGUCUGAAAAAUAUUAGAGUCAUCAAAUGUAUCCAAUUUUGUAUAAGUUAAAUGGAUUGAUUGCUUUUUUUUUU